CACCGUCGAAUGUUCCACAAGCUUCGCGGCCCAACCCCAACCACCCAAAGCCAAGCAACCGUACGGUCUCCUCUCUCGUCAAACCAAACCCAAGCAAAGCACCCGCCACAUCGGAGAAGAGAGAGAGAGAGAGAGAGCGUGGAAGCUUCUGGAAGGUUCUCGAAGAUGCUGUCCUCCCUGUCGGCGUGGCUGGUGAACCCGCGGCGGAACCCGCUGGCCCGCCUCCACAUGAACGCCGUCGCCUCCCGCCUCCGCAAAUACGGGCUCCGGUACGACGACCUGUACGACCCCUACCACGACCUCGACAUCAAGGAGGCCCUGGCGCGGCUGCCGCGGGAGGUGGUGGACGCCCGCAACCAGCGCCUCAAGCGCGCCAUGGACCUCUCCAUGAAGCACCAGUACCUCCCCGCCGAUGCCCAGGCGAAGCAGACACCGUUCAGAGGCUAUUUAUCUGAUAUGCUAGCACUGGUGAAAAAGGAGAGCGCAGAGCGCGAAGCAUUGGGAGCACUCCCCCUGUACCAGAGGACCAUCCCAUGAAGCGUCUACUUCGUAGGCCUGUUUCUAAUUUUCUUGAUGUAUGAAAGUGAAUUCAAUAAAACGCAGUGGACGAUUAUGUACCAUGUAUUAUGCUAAAAUCCUUGUUGUGUAAUGUGUUAUGUGUAUGCUUAUUAUGUGAAGAUACCCACCGUCAGUUCUCCAUAGAUACCUUUUGGUAUGACAACUGACAUAUGGUGUAUGUUUUGUAAUCAAUUUAAAACUCUAUAUAGCUUCACUUGGAGCUGAGUAGGUAAGAAAGUUUUCAUUGUCGCACA